CUAAACAUACAUAUCUAUAUUUGAAAAUCAGGCGAGGAGGAAAUUGGAAGAGGUAAGGCAAAGAGCUCAUCUAUGGUUUAGUUGCAAUACGUUGCUCGAGAGUCACGGAGAUGGCACUGCAGCUGCAAAUUGAGAAGCUUAAAGGGUUGGACAACUACAAGGCCUGGUCGAUGACGGUGCGGGCAUAUCUGGAGUCCGAGGAACUCUGGUCGGUGGUGGAGAAUGGUCCAGAGAAUAACGAGGAGUCUCUGCUUAAGGACAAGCGCGCCAAGUUCUUGAUUCUUUGCCUAAUCGAGACCAAAUUGUGCCAGUUCAUGGUCAGCAUCCGGACGGCCAAGGAUCUCUGGACUUAUCUGCGCACCCAGCACUCAUUACGCUAGAAAAAACUGUUUUAAUUACAAUCUAGUUUAUUAUUACAUAAAUAUAAAA